AUGCCUAAAUUCGAUCUGCCUUCCUACAUCGCCAAUUACAAAGGUCGGACCGUUUUCCGCAGACUCCACCUCAUUGCCUCAUGCUCUGUCCCCCUGCAAGAGGAAGCGGCUCGGAUGGCUGUCAUCGAAGCGAAGAAGAGAAGUGACGUCCGGAACUAUCACGAGGCUGUGGCACUGUUGAAAAAGGCUUCGCAAGGCAAGAAGGUCGACAAACUUCUGGAUCCCGUGUGGGCAGCCCAACAAGAGAAGAAAAAUACCGCCGAGACAGCACGUCUGGAAGGGGAACUGAAAGGUUAUAAGAAUAACCUUAUCAAAGAGAGCAUACGUAUGGGAAACGAGGACCUGGGGAAUCAUUACUACACCAUCGGUGACCUUAACAAUGCAGUCAAAGCAUACUCCCGCAUGCGUGACUACUGUACGACAGCAUCGCACAUUGCGUCGACCGCCUUUAGGAUCAUUGCGGUUGCUAUCGAACAGAAAAAUUGGCUGGCCGUUCAAUCUCAAGUCCACAAAAUCCGCAACCUCCAAAUGAAGCCCGAAGACACGGUUCGAAAUCAGCCCAAAACCUUCGCCGCCAUGGGUCUUCAACAGAUGUCCACAGGGGACUAUUACGAGGCUGCUAUCAGCUUCCUCAACACCGACCCGGCUCUGGGAGACAGCUACAGCGAGGUUCUAACCAGCAAUGACGUCGCAGUCUACGGCGGUCUAUGCGCUUUGGCAUCCAUGACUCGUUCAGAACUCCAGACAAAAGUUCUCGAAAAUGCCAGUUUCCGCUCCUUCCUCGAACUCGAACCUCACAUCCGCCGUGCCAUCAAUUUCUUCUGCGCAACCAAGUACAGUCAAUGUCUUGAGAUCCUGGAAUCCUACCGCGCAGAUUAUCUGUUGGAUAUCUACCUUCAACCCUUGGUCGCCGACAUCUAUAAGAAGAUACGCACCAAGAGCAUCAUCCAGUACUUUGAGCCGUUCAGCAAAGUCACCUUGGCCAGUAUGGAGGAGAUGUUUGGUAAUCCAACCGCCACACAAGGAGGGGGCAGUACCCCCGCGGGCCAGCAGGGUUUCUUGGACGAAAUCAUUGGUUUGAUUGAAGAUGGCAAACUCGAUGCACGGAUCGAUCUGGAACGUGGAGUUUUGAAUGCUGUCGAACACAAUGUCCGCGCCGAAGCUCAAGAAGCUGCUGUCGACAUGGUGGACGGGUUCGUUCGGGAGGCUCACAUGAAGCUCCUACGUCUUCAGAUCCUCAAUGCCGGAUUGGAAGUCAAGGCGCCACCGUCGAAAAAGAAGCCUGCGUGGGACGGAGACAACGGUGAAGGUCCUUGGGAUGAUUCCGCUUCUGCUGGUCCUGUUGGUCCCGGCGGUCGAGAUAUCAUGGCGGGCAACUUGCCAGGAUCGACCCGCAAGGGUGGAUAG